AUGGGAACACUCAUUUAUCUGAAAGAAAAGUAUGAAAUUGUCAAAAAAUUCUUACCAGUUUACAAGUUGCUGGCCUGCAGCAACAUAAAAUUUACUGGGAUACCAUUGAAAAAAGCUCCAGAUGGAAAAUUCAAAGGAUAUUGUUUCAUUGAAACAAUAAACAUCGAUGAGACACUGAAAAAACUCAGGGUGAAAGGAUACAAGGCUGAAAGAACAUGUGAUAGAGAUGAAAAAGAGCCAGAUAAACCCGAGAAAGAUUGUGUCAGGGACAGAAAGUUUAAAUCACAUACACCCGAUUACAGUGCUCAAGCCCAUAAACAAGAAGGACAACUUCCUGAGGCACAAGAUGAAAGGAGAAAGUCAUUGUCGGAAGAUGAAGUCGAGAUUGUAGAAGAGGAGCAGGAAAGUUUACCUGAACUGACAAGUGAAAUGGAAAAUGUGAUCAACAAUGCAUUGUCACCAGGAAAUCCUGAUCAAGUUCUGGUAGACAAGUUCCACCUUCAGAUCACCAAGGGUGAUAUUGCCAGAUUAUCUGGUUCAAACUGGCUCAAUGAUGUGGUUAUCAAUUUCUACAUGAAUCUACUGAUGGAAAGAGGUGAGCAGGAGGGAUGUUCCAAGGUGUAUGCCUUUAAUACAUAUUUUUAUCCUAAAAUGAUGAGUGGAGGUCACUCUGCAGUAAAAACAUGGACAAGACGUGUGGAUGUUCUGGCUGUGGAUUACAUUCUCAUACCAGUACAUCUUGGCAAACACUGGUGUCUUGCAGUCAUUAACUUUAAAAAGAAAGAUAUCCAGUAUUACGAUUCAUUGGGAGGUAUUAAUCAAAAUGCCUAUGUUGUGGGGAAUAAAAUUUUAGUUUACUUAACGCUGUCUUUUUGAACAGCCUGUCUGUACGUUCGUUUAAUAGUUUGCUUGGAAGCAGUGGUCUAGCAGAUUACUAGUAGUAAAUUAUUACGUCAGAAUAACUGACACGUCAGGAUGAGACCACCCUUUACUUUGAAAGGGAAAAUAAAAACACAAAUGCUGAAUAAAUUUGAAAACCAACCAAAUUUUUACUUAACUUUUUAAACUAAUAUUUUACAAAAAGAUCUAAAUAUACAUAUUAGAAAAAUGCCAAAAAUACUGAUAAAGAUGACAAAUCAGCUUAAUGAAUAAAAAGAUUGAAGUUUCAAGUUCUGCCUAAAAGUAAAUAAUAUUCACUUUAAGGCCACACCAAAUUAAAAAGUUGUUCAUCGGAUUUAGCCGCUCGUAUAUUUUCAGAAACACAAAAAAAAAUUAUUUUUUUUGUUUUUGGCUUGCGCUCGCCCCAUUGAAAAAAUUCAAGGCAAAUUUUUUUUUGGUGCGCUACAUUUUACGGACGUAACAGUGUACAAAUGCUUAUAAUUCCAGUUCCAGAAUGUUCUAAAAUGGACUUUAAUCACAAUAAAUACAUUUCGUCUAUAAUAUAUUAGGACACUUAUAUUUAGUUGCAUUAAAGUUAUUUCCCCUUAUGCAGUCACGUAAUUUUCUUCCAAUGUUUACCAAAUUGAGUUGCUACAAAAAUUGGACCUAUUUCAUUGAAAAUCGGAUGAAAACGCACACUAAUUUAUUUGAUAACAUCAAUCUACAUUAUUUUGGUAAGGGUAAAUACAUACUAAUGCAUAUCACUUUUCUGUUUUCUGUUUUUUGUCGUCAAAAUGAUCAGCAUUUAAUACGAAAGUGGGUGGGGUAAGGAAUUUACAUUAUGAGUUGUGUUCAGACCAAUUUAGAUCUUCAAAUUUUUCAAUCCUCGAGUAGAAUAAUGUAAAUUCACGUUAAUCUCCAUUUCAGACCUUAAUUGAGACUUUAUUUCAACAAAUUUAAUCCGUAAAGAAGGUUUAAAGUUAGAACAAGAGCUGUCCGUAAGACAGCAUGUUCGACUUUUCUCAGUGCUUGAUUCUGAAUUAGAGUGCCAGUAUAAGGGGCAUAAUAGUCAAUAGCUUUGAAAGUAACAAAGUUAUUGGAUGUUAUGUAAAACCUUAACCAAAAAAAUCUAAGUUAAAAAGUGGCAUAAUUCUGUCAAAAUUCAAAUUAGAGUUAUGGACACUGUUCUCCUGGUGUAGACUUUGAUAGUAAAUAGCUAUUUUAAGUUUCAAGUAAGAUACUUGACUUUAUCAAAAACUUCGAAAAUCGGAUUCGGAAAAGUAGAGCUAAAAAUGCUACAUUUUCAUAGCAGUAAAUAUUCAAGUCACAUAUCUAUUUCAUGAUUAUGGUUUAAGGUUAUGCAUUGUUGUAUAUUACAUAUUUUCUAACAGCAUUUUCAAACGCAUACAUUAUUUGAUUACACUAUACUGUAUUCCAAUACUAUUACCUUUUUCCACGAGUUCGCUUUGUUGUGCUUCUGCAGGUCAAAAUGUACUCAAACCAAAAUGUACCCAUGUUUUCUCAAUCCCUGGUGAAUUAUUUCUAAUGUAAAAGG